AUGGGAUUCACAUUCGAAGAAACGCAUGGGACUAAAUUUACCGACUCGAUGAACAAUUCACACCAGAAAGCCAUAGACAGGCUGACUGGGUAUGGUACGGAUCUGCCUGAGAUCACUGAAUUGUCUCCUCUAUAUAAAGGAGGUGCGUCGGUAACUCUACUCAAACGAUCAUGCGCACUGGCCAGAGUCUAUGAGAAGACUACAGAUACAAGUCAUUCAAUGUUUCCAGGAAGUUCAAUCGAGAGGGAGCUGCUUAUCGAAGACAUGUUACAUACAGGAUCUAUGUCAUGCCCUCAACGGAAAAUCUUACAAUCCACUGAAUCCCCAGAUAAUGUGUCUAGCCUCCGAUCCCUUAAUCAUUCAGUUGCUAGAAAAUCCGAAGAUGCUGUAGCGUGGACACAAGAUCUUGCCGCAAAUCAAUCUAAAGCAUGGUCUCACAUAACCCAAUGCUCUGAAGAAGGCUGCCUUUCCCUCACUGCACUCUGCGCUGCUCUUACAACUCGUGACGCAAACCCCACGACCAACAGAUCUACUUCUUGUACCAACAUUGAAAGACACCUGCACGGUUCCCCUUAUUUCGAAUACGUGUGUACAAAUGAUCACGACAACGAUGAUGAAGACGAAAAAAGGAGGAGACACGACAGAGAAUUUCAAAUAACGUAUAUCGGGAAGCUUCUGGAGAAGCGUAAGGGAACGCCUAAUGAUAAAUCCGUGGCUGGGAAUCUCACUAUUGCAGAAGCUACACACUUCUAUCAUACCGUGAUUGAUGUCGUCAAUUCGUUCCGGGAAGCCCAUCCUUCGCCAAUGUUCACCGCCACUGCAUCCUCUGACCUCUCGGAUUCUUGA